UUUUUAGUCACAAAUCGAGCAGCCGGCCGCUGUCAAAAUAUUUUGAUUUUUCGAAUUGUCUCCAAAUCUAAUAUAAAUCGAAAACUUCCUUCCAAACUUUAUAAGCAAACAAUUCUAUAAGCGGUGAUUGUCCUCAAAAUGCUGCGCCAACUAAGGAUGACGAUGGAUAUUUCGAGCUGGAUUUUUUUGCCGUGGACACGCUGUGCCUCAAAUGUGCGGAAUCCUCCUCCGCCACUGACCAGCACCUUUGACGAUGUGAUUGUCGACUACGAGGACCCGGACUAUCUGCCGUUGCCGGAAUAUCCUGUGCGUCCCAACGAGCCGUUGGAUAUUCGAAAGCAGCGUCUUUUGUAUCAAUCCCGUAAGCGCGGAAUGCUGGAAAACGAUCUUCUUCUCAGCACAUUUGCGGCCAAGCACCUUCAGAAAUUCAGCGCCGAGCAGACGGCUUUAUACGAUCAGUUAAUCAACGGGGUCAGCAAUGACUGGGAUAUCUAUUACUGGGCCACCGACGUGAAGCCCGUUCCCAAGGAGUACGACACGGAGAUUAUGAUGCUCUUGAAGGAGCACGUCAAGAAUGCCGAGCGGGUCUCACGUCUCCGACAGCCGGAUUUGAAUACUUAGUAUUCCCUGACCUUAUCCAUAUGCUUAUAUAUUUGUCAAAUGCUUUGAAGCCUUCAUUAUAAUGAUAUCGAAUUCUUUAAUCCUGAAUACAAACUGUUCGAAAGUUUCCAAAGGUCCUUAAAAUCUUUGCAGUGCAAUCAUGAAGGUCUAUAAAUUUAUCAUUAUGGCUAUCAAUAGCAAAAACCCAAAACAAUUAAAAAUUAAGGAAAUAUAUAAGGGACUGAAACUAAGUUAUUUUAUUACUUCUGAUCGAACAAGUCGGGUUACACUAAAAAUCUGAUAUAAAAAAAUUAAAAAAACCAAUUUAAUGUAGUCUAUUCAAAGACCUACAAAAAAUUUUACUUUUUUGGAAAUGGUCAUAAAGUAUCUAUUAUUGUCUGACUAUUAUAUAAAAGUCUGUAAAUAAGAUAUUUUUUGACUGAAAAAUAAAAUUCUUCCCGUGACUUUUAUUCAGUGACUUUUAAACAAAAGUUUAGACUGAAAAAAAAAGUCAAAGUAACUGUUAUGAGAACCCUUAUUAAAAAAGUUAUUAAAUAAUUUUUAUUUGGUGACCGAAAAUGUAAGUCUAAAAUAUUUUUGGCUUGCAUCUUGUUUGUGUUCGGUAGCAUUUUUUGCUUAUGUAUAUAUGUUCUUAAGAUUGGAUUUCAUACUUACACACAUAAAUUCAUUGACACAAUGCAACCCCAAAUUCUUCAGAGCAAAAGGAACCACUAUUCACAAUGGUAACAAAUGGAACCGCGAACUCUUCAGAACAAGAGGAACCAAUUUUGACCAUUGUUACAUAUUUGUUAGCGCUGGCCAAUUUAAGCCAUCCGCGAAUUACUAAAUAUAUGAAUCCGCGAAUUCUUUAGAACAAGAGUAAACACUUGACUAUUUUAACAAAUUUUUAUUGCUAACCAUUUGAAACCAUCCAUAAUUCUCUAUAACCAACCAAAUUCCAACAGACGACCUCUCUGCGUUAUUUCUGUUGGCAACAGAUAUUAAAGACUUGUAUAUUUUUGAUCAUUAAAUAACUAUUUAAUAAAUUUUUUAGUAAAAGUCUUCGAAUAACAGAUAUUUAGACUUUUAUCUUUUCAUUUAAGUCAUUGAACAAAUGUUACGGGAAGGCUUUUAAUUUUUAACCAGAAAAUAAUUGUUAUUUUAAGACAUUUAUAUUAAAGUUGAAAAAUACAGUUACUAUAUGACCUAUAAAUAAAAGGGCGAUAAAUAACGAUUAAAGAUUGAUUUUAAAAGUAAGAGUUAUACCGGUUACGGUCCCUGAAAUAUAUCAAUAUAGUUGAAUAUGUUAUGAUCCAGGAGAUCUUGUUUCUAAAGCAUUAUUGUUAAACAAAAAAGAACAUUAAAAAUGCAUACUAGCACCUCUC